ACGAGUAUAUUUUCCUAAAGGAAUCGACCAAGUACUGAGGAUAAUCACCGCUAGUGACGAUACAAUAUUCAGUGAUGAGACUUCUGUGUUGUGCUCUUCUCCUAUUCGGAGCUUACGUGACAGCCGGAGAAAGAGAAAAGCGUCAAGCAGCUUAUCAGUUCCCAGGUCCAAGAAGUGAGGGCAGACAGGUAGAUAGUGGACGCUACACGGUUCCACAACGUCAGUUUCAAGGUCAGCCCGUCCAGGCUUAUUCUCCACCUCGUGGUAGCCCAAGAAGACAAGCAGCAAGUGGUCCAAAGUAUGGCAGUGUACCUCAGCAGUCUCUAGAAGAAGAUGGCGAUUAUGCUGGUGAAGAGGAACGAGGACCUACUACUCCUGACCCUCUAUCCCUGCUUCUGGCAGAUUCUAAGUUUAGCUGCUCCGGAAAGAAUGAUGGCUAUUAUGCUGAUGACAGCGUGAACUGUCGCGCCUUCCACUAUUGUACAGGAGGCGUUAGUCACUCUUGGAUGUGUCCUGGGGGUACAGUAUUUCACCAGGUUCAUUUGAACUGCGUACCGUCUGCUCAAGACAUAUGUGAUAGAUCUGAGAAGUUCUACGUGGUUAAUGACUAUUUGUACAAAACACUCGACCAUAAAGGACCCAACCAAACGGCUCGCUACUACCAGCGGUACUACCCUGAAGAAUUUCUGCUGGGGCCUCCUGCCCCUAAUCAGUUUGGAUUUCCAGCAGCUCCUUCUAGUGACUAUGCUGGUGGGGCUUCUGCCGCUAGGCCAGCUCCUCAGCCCACUUUCUCUGGUGGUGCACCUGCUCUCAGACCUGCCUCUGGACCUAGCCCAUACAACAAUGUCCCAGCACCAAGACCUGCCCCUAGGCCUAGCCCAUACGACAAUGCCCCAGCACCAAGACCUGCCCCUAGCCCUAGCCCAUACGACAAUGCCCCAGCACCAAGACCUGCCCCUAGGCCAAGCCCAUACGACAAUGCCCCAGCACCAAGACCUGCCCCUAGACCUAGCUUUUAUGGCAGUGCCCCAGAAUCAAGACCUGCUCGUAGACCUAGCUCAUAUGGUAGUGCAUCUGUACCAAGGCCUGCCCCUAGACCUAAUUUCUACGGUGGUGCUUCCGUAGCAAGACCUGACCCUAGACCAAACUCCUAUGACGAUACCACUCCUUCUAGAUCUAUUUCCUAUGAUGCACUUAAAACUCGGCCAGUUGCUUAUAUACCCUAUAGGUCUUCAGAAGUCAAACCUCAGGUUCCUGUCCCACAUAAGCCUUCUUCUGAGUACCACCGCUUUCCCGAAUCACCGCAACAUUCUCAGUUAUCCAGUAUUCCACAGGGUCCGAAACCUUCCCAGGGAGGUAAUGACUUAAACAAAAGACCUAUUGGGUACAAUCCCAAUAUUUACGGAGGUCCUUCACGGUCUCGGUCGGCGUCGCAGAAUUAUGGCAAUGCUGGUGUCCAGUAUGUUGACGAAUAUAACUAAUUGAACUCCAGUUCCUACUGUCUAAUCUUUCAUAUAUUUCUAUCCACAUUUCAUCAUAGCAUUUUUUUAGAAGAACAAAUCUCCAUUUCUGAAGUGUAGCUUCGUUUAUUAAUAACAUCUCGCUUAGAUGGUUAAUUCAGAGUUAAUUAUUUAUUUACCAUACGAAUCCCAGGGGGCAUUUCUUAAUUAUAACGGUGAUUUUGUUAACUACCUAUUCUCAGUUUAUUUUAUGGUUGUUAACUUUAUAAUAUGUUAAAGCGUAACUAUGCAAAAAAAGAAAAGAUUUUCUAUAACUGUAAGGCCAUGAUAAAUUUGUGCCUGCAUGUUUUACUGCUGUAAACACAAUUCACAAUUAAUCGGUUUUUAAGGUAAAUCCAAAUUAGAUUUAUGUUGAAACUCCCAACUGACUAAAUGUUUUUGGACUGUUUAACUGCAUUAUUUCACUCUGUUUGUUAGGUAUCAAAUGGCUCAUAUUUAUAACAACAAAUCUCUUUUGAGGAGGAUAUUUCGGCACAUUUGAGAAUGCAUUCCUUAUUUCGGCCUCUUCUUUUAUAAUUCUGAUUAAGAUGGGAGUUUUUCUUUCGUUUACGGAGGAGAUAAUGCACAUGGAAUGUCAGAAGAUUAUUUUCCUUACACAGUGUCGUAAAGAAGUAUCUACAUGAAAGCAAUGUAAAAGUUAUAAAAUUUCCUUGAAGCUCAAAGAAUCAUUAUUAUUUUUCUUACUAAUGUAUAACAGAUUAUACUAUGUUCAAAACACUAUGGAAGUGUGCUGGGAUAUGUUUUUUGUGAUAUACAUGACGAUUUUCCUUCUAAGAUAAUAACUUCUUACUACAUUUCAAUAAGUUGUACAUCAGGGACAUCAUUGUAUCGUUUAGCUUAGGAAUAAGGUAUCCUCAUCACUGGAUUAGUUGGAAGGAUUAUUUAUUUUACUUUCUCUGAAGCCCGAUUAGGAUAUUCGCGUGUAUUGCCACAACAAAUGUAAUUUUAAUUGUAUGCAUAGGAGAUCAAAUUUCCAGCGGAAUCAGACUGAUUUAUCUCUGUUUUAUAUGUAUUGU